AUGUGGGCGCCCAAACUUCGAUUUAUUUGUCGUACAUGUAUUGUGAAUUAUUUUAAUAAUGAUGAAAAUAACACUUGUCCAAUAUGUUAUUGUACUCCUCAUCCAGCUAAACCUCUAUUAUCGUUGAAAAAAGAUCGUAAUUUACAAUAUCUUGUCUAUAAAAUCAUACCAAAUUUAUUUAAAAAUGAAAUGUUUGAACGACGUCAAUUUUAUUCUCAAAACGAUUCAGCAAUACAAUUAAACAGUUGUUUUCCCGAAGAAGAAUUAGGAGAAUUAAGUGAAAUAAUAUUGAAAACAGAUGACAUAGUUGAAUUAAUGAACGUUUUAAUUGAAUAUAAUGAAAAAGGAAAAUUAACAAAUAGUAGUGAUGUUGUUGACGAUGAGCAACAAUCUCUAGUGACUGAUGUGAAAACAGAACCAUAUCAACAAGAUGAAUUUAAUAAAAAUUUAAUUGAUAAAUCAUCUCAUCAUCAUUAUUUACAGUGUUCAUCAAAUUUGCCUAUUUGUAUACUAAAAAAAUUUUUAAAAAAAUCAUUAUGUUUACCCGAUAUAACUCCUCGUUUAAUCAUUGAUAUUAUGUAUGAUGAACUACUAAUCAAAGAUCAUUUUACAUUAAACGAUAUAGUAAAUAUAUACGGUUGGCGAAGAAAGAAAACAUCACAAUUUCAUCUAUUUUAUAGAAUACGUAAAGAGUAUCAAGAAGAUCUUUUAGAUGAAAGUAAUGAAGAAACACUUGUUACAAAUGAUAAACAACAAUCAGAAGAGCUGAUAGAAGAAACACUACUCUGUUCCAGUUUAAAAAUAAAUACAAUUAUUGAAAAUAACAACGAAGAACAAACACAACAACCCGUUUUACAACCAUCUUUGACUCCAGAAAAUUUGCCAGUAACAUUUCUAAUUAAAAGUCCAUGUAAAGUGAAUUCAAUUAUAACUCCAAUAAAAAAAAAAUAUAAUCGAAAAGUCAAACGAAUUAAUAGUGAACACAAACGACAACAACAUACUGUAAAAUCAACAACACAACCAUUGAUUAUGCCUCGUGGUGCAACGAUACUGGCAUUACCAGCUGGUAUGAUAUUAAAAAAUGGAACAAAUAUAUUUAAUUUAGCACCAUCAGAGAAUAAAACUGAAGUCAAAUUAGAUAAUGAACAUAAAUCAACAACAAUCAAAACAUAUUAUUCUCAUACAAGUAAUAAUUCACCAACAUCUACGUCAUUCAAUGGUCUAAGUUCAUUUCUUCCUAUAACACCAUCAUCAAAUUUAUCCUCCAUUAGUCCAAAUAAAGUUUUGUUACAAAAAACAGAACAACAACAGUUUGAAAAUGAAAUUAUACCACUGAAAGAACACAAUGCAAUAAUGCUUCAUUGUAAUACAGUUACAUCUAUGGCCACACCGAUCAAUUAUACAUUAAAUUCGACGACGCAUACAUCAACAACUAAACACAAUGCUGAUAAUGAUGAAGAUACUAUGAAAAUAAAGCCACAGAUAUUCAAACGGUAUGAAAGACAACAUGCUUUGGAUGAUACAACAAAUUUGAAAAUAAAAACAAUGAAUUCACCAACUAAUUGUAAUUCUUAUAUUAUGAAACCAAAUGAUAGCGCAGAACAAUGUUCAGUGAAUAAUAAUUUGGAUUUGUCAAUAAUUAGGAGUGACGUAUCUUCGAUUGAUUUUGUUGAAGCAACACCAGAUCAUUCGAUUGAUAAGCCAUAUUGUUCAGUAAAAUCAUCCGAUUUUGUUAUUUCAAAAUCAGUUGAUGUUCAUAAGGAAGAAAUUUUGUCUCCAAUAAUUGAUCGUCCAGAUGAUAGUGCACAAAUGAGAAACACUCAUUCUUAUUCCGAUGUUAUUAAAGAAGCAAAUAAAGUGUUGACGGAUGAACCAACAUUUACAUCUAUAACAUCCAUUAAUAGCAAUAGUUCAGAGAAUGGACGAACAUCUAAUGCUGGACGACCAAUAUUAAAAUUAGUAAAACCAAUUGCAACUGUUUCACCCUUAAAUUCAACGAUAAAUAAUUGUAUAGAACAAAAACAAAAUAAGAUGGUCAUGUCAAUCGAUGACCUUCCAAAACAAAUAUCAAACAAUAAAAUCGCUGAAAAAGAAGAUGCUGGUAUUCUACGACCCAACACGAAGAGACGUCUGUCAAAGAUAUUACCGAUUAACGAGAAAAUCGUUCAAGUUUGUGAACCAUAUCACAAAGAAGAGUCGAAUGGCAGCAGAGUAAUUGAACAAACAUCUUCAUCAUCCCAUAAAAACAAAGAAUAUUCAACGAAACACGAAAAUAAUGACCUUAGUAAAAAGGAAGAUAAACAAGAGGUAUCAAUAAAAGAUAUUCUCAUUAAACGUAGUCGUAAAACAUCCUGUUCGACGUCUUCAACAAGCAAAAACAAAACAAAAAAAGCAUCCAAAAAUACUUCACAAACGCAUAGCGAAGAAGAAUCCACAGUUAUUAAGCGAAGAAUGUCAAAUUGUAACAGUUUACCUAAUGCAUUCUUAUCACCAAAUCAACAACAAAUGUUUCAACAACAUGCAGCUUUUUUUAACAUUUUCAAUUAUUCUUAUCUUAUUGAUCCAUCUGCUGCAAUGAUAAUGAACGCAUGUGAUCCCAGAUUCUUUACUUCGCCCCCAAACUCAUGGGCACCACCAUUUGAUAUUACACAUUUAUCAAGAAUGCGUUCUUCUAUCAAAAAUUAUUCUACAGAUCCAACGUCGAAAACACCUCAUGAUUUAAAUUCAGUUAGUUUGAAAGAUUUUAUUGAAAGUAAAUCAAAGUUGGACACGAAUGAAACGUCAACAGAUAUCAUUGCACCUUUAAAUCCCUUUCACAACUCAGAACCGCUAACAUCGCCAUCAACCGAUUUACCUACUCCACUAAGCACUCAAGAUAAUCUGCUCUCAUUGACACGAACAUCAUCAUCUAAUUCUUUUCAUUCAUGUUCUCGUGGAGAAAAUGAUAAAUCGAAACAAAAUCACUCUUCAAAAUCAAAUCAUCAUUCAUCGCGUUCUUCAUCACUCACACUUUCUUCUAAUUGUUCGGCAAAUGUACUGGCAUCAUCCUCAAUAUCCCUCACUACUGUGAAUGGCGCUUCGUCCUAA